CCACUAACAUGCACCAAAACUUGACGCAAACCAGAUUUCACACACAAUCCCAACUUUGUCUACAAAAAGCUUACAACUCCAAAUAUAUCAUGGAGAAGAAAAUGCAACUUAACUUUCUCCAUUUCACCGUCUUCCUUAUCUUCUCCUUGUCCGCUUUUAAUAUAGCUAGUGCUCGCGGUGACACGGAAAAACUGACCCCUUCCGAAAUGUCUACGGAGUCUAAUGCCCCAAGCGGGGACACCAAUGGCGCUAGCGGUUCAGGCCAUGGGCCUAACUGGGACUAUGGUUGGGGAUGGGGUUCAAGCCCUGCAGGCGGAUGGGGUUAUGGCUCCGGCUCGGGCCGGUCACCUAAUGGAUUCGGGAGGGGUUAUGGUUUUGGGUUUGGUUCCGGGACUGGGUCAGGCUCCGGGUACGGUUAUGGGUCUGGAGGUGAUGGUGCUCAUGGUGGAGGCUAUGGGGCUGGAAGUGGACAAGGCAGUUCCGGUGGCAGCGGCUAUGGUGGAGGAAGCGGCGGUUCAAGCGGCAACAGCAACACCUGGCCGUCAAGUAACAGGAAGCACCAUGGUUGAAAGGAAGGCCGGAGUACUUGCUAGGACAGUAUGGUUAGUAUGUAGCUAUAAAAGACAUGGUGUGAAAGUACGAUAUACAGUUUGAGUCUGCUUCGUACAAUAUUACGAUAUUAGUUCUUUUUAAGUUAAAACUAUCUUUAUGUACUGGGUAUAGUGAGUGUUUCUUCUAUUUGCCUGAUUGUCUUGAUCAUGGAUUUCAUCUUCAGCCACCUGAGCUACAACUUCAAGAGUUCUCCACUAUGCAGGGAGAAAAGGCCAUGUCUAACAGUUCUCAAUCCUUCACCUGCUUAUAAAUUAUAAUUAUUAACAAAA